CUUCUCACGUACGAAAGUGUGCGCGCGCUCGCGUCCGUGUCGCUUCACGAACGAGCAUUCAUAAAAUAUACUUUGAAAUUGCCAUUAAAAUGUAGAAUGCAGUAUAUGUACAAGUAAAUACGCGUUUAUGGCUAUAGAAAGAGUAAGAAAAAAAAGAGUUCAAUAUUUCAAUCUAUAAUGUUAUUUUUUAAUAUGACGUCACAGCAUAAACCCGUUCGGACCAAUCAAACGCGAGCGUGCGGCCACGUCACCGAAACCCGGAAAAGCGGCUCUCGCCAUUUCUCACGUAUGUCUGUCUUGAUAUCGACCGGAUGCAAGAACCUACCGAAGGCAUUUCUAUCGCAAAUACCCAAAGGUGUUUGGACCAGGCCCAUUCCUCAAACAGCAGCCCCUCGCUUCCGUUCGGCUCCCCGCCCCAGCGCGAUGGAGCUCAAGGACGUCCUAAAGGUCUUGGAGGAUCUCGCUCCCCUCUCGCUGGCCGAGCCGUGGGACAACGUGGGCCUGCUGGUGGAGCCCGGCGAGCCGCGGCCCGUCAAAACCGUCCUGCUGACCAACGACCUCACGCAGCCCGUCAUGGAGGAAGCGCGGGCCGAAGGCUGCGAGCUCAUCAUCUCCUACCACCCGCCGCUCUUUCGACCCUUCAAACGUCUGGUCCAGAAGGACUGGAAGCAGCGGUUGGCCAUCCAGGCCUUGGAGGCCGGGAUCGCGGUCUUCUCGCCUCACACGUCCUGGGACAGCGUCGGCGGAGGGGUUAACGACUGGCUCGUUCGAGGACUUGGUGCCGGUCAGGUGACGGUGAUAAAUCAGGCCUCUGUCCCCCUCCCUUACAGUCACAUAGUACAACUCCAAUGCGACGAUGACCUAUUGGCGUUUCUCCUGGAGGAACUGAAGACUUCGGAAGGAGUAUUAGUCCAAGAUCCUCUCAGAUGCGAUGACUCCAAGACCCAAGUCAGCCUGUACUGCAGCGAGGCGUCGCUGGCUCCUCUUAUGGAGAAAGUGGGUCGACACAUCGUUGCCGCCGACAGGUCGGUCCGCAUCCUUAAGGCCGAGAGGCCCCCUUGGCGCGGGCACGGUCAGGGCCGACUCAGCGUUCUGGACGAGCCGCUGUCCGUGGCGACAGCCGUGAAGAAAAUGAAGUCCCACUUGGGUUUGCGGCAUCUCCGUUUGGCCCUCGGACAGGGACGCGCGCAAGAAUCCUUCGUGCGCUCCGCGGCCGCAUGCGCGGGAUCGGGAGCCUCGGUGCUGAACGGCGUCCAAGCGGACCUUUACGUCACCGGUGAGAUGUCCCACCACGAGGUGCUGGAUGCGGUCGCCAAGGGAACCAGCGUCAUCCUGUCCGAUCACAGCAACAGCGAGCGCGGCUAUCUGUCCGUGUUCCGGGAUAAACUAACCGAAAAGCUCCCCGCCGACGUCGUCGUGAUGGUGUCCAAGGCUGAUCGGGACCCCUUGGAGGUGGUCUGAAGUGAACCCCGCCAGUUUGUGGGCGGAGACGGACCCAAACCUGCCGCCACUAGCGAAAAUUUCGACCCUCAAAUGGCUUCGUAAUUGUCGACGGAUCGCACAAGAUGGCACAGAAGUCCUGCUGAGGUCGAAGUGAAGCUCCUCCGUUCACUUCAACAUAGUUCCUUAGCACCAAGAUGGCACCCGAUUUGUUACUGCUUUGGCCUGAGCGCAAAGAGGAAACAGGUGAGUGCAAAGGAUGACGAGUCGGUGGGCCAAUUCGAAAGCCCAGUCAUAGAAAAGUAUUUCUUUGGUGUCAAGGAACUUCGUUGAAGUGAGUGAAGGAGCUUCUAUCGAACAGGCAUAAGCCCUCCCCAAUAGAAAAGUAGUGCUUUGGUGCUAUCUUAACGGCAUUUAUAAACCUUCUGGAGCAUACGUCAAAUUCUCGCACAGACCACAGCCUUGUCUAAUAAAAAAGUUGUGCUUUGGCGCCAUCUAUAUCAGGACUUUGGGUUCUCGGGAAUACCGGAAUUAAAUGUGUGGCAGAAAACAA